AUGAAGGCAUCCAAAUCAUGGCAUUUGUUAUUAAAGAAAGGACAUUUUUCAUUUGAGGGGGGAGUAUGUGGUGUAAAGAUGAAGCAGCUGCCGUUAAUGGGAAUUGUCUGUACAGUAAUGUUAUUCAUUGUGUAUAGGACCACAAAUUAUCAGUAUCAACAGACAGAGAUUGAAUCAAAAUUGCACCCCUUUUACACAUUAAAGGAUGGAGGUAUGGCUGCCUCAAGCUUAAAUAGUUUACCCCAUGGAAUCAUCGAACCAAGGUCAGACCUGGAGUUAAAGCCUCUAUGGACUACUAGCAGUACUAAGUCACAGGAUAACGUUGGAAGUGCUCAUAAUUUGUUAGCAAUGCCAGUAGGGAUUAGGCAAAAGGAGAAUGUUGAUACUAUAGUUCAAAAGUUUCUUUCAGAGAAUUUUACAGUUAUUUUAUUCCAUUAUGAUUGCAAUGUAAAUGGAUGGCGGGACUUGGAAUGGAGCAAGGAAGCUAUACAUAUUGUUGCUCACAACCAAACAAAGUGGUGGUUCGCAAAACGCUUUUUACAUCCGGCAGUUGUGUCUAUUUAUGAUUACAUAUUCCUGUGGGAUGAAGAUUUGGGGGUGGAUAAUUUCCAUCCUGGAAGGUACCUGGAAAUUGUAAGAUCAGAAGGACUGGAGAUAUCUCAGCCAGCUUUGGACCCAAAUUCAACUGGUAUACAUCACAGGAUUACAAUAAGAAAUAGAAUGCAUAAAUUCCACAGAAGAGUAUAUGAUGUCAGAGGAAGUGUUAAAUGUUCAGAUGAUAGUGAAGGGCCUCCUUGCACGGGAUUUGUGGAAGGAAUGGCUCCAGUAUUUUCAAAAUCUGCAUGGGAUUGUGCCUGGCAUUUGAUACAGAAUGAUCUUGUUCAUGGAUGGGGGAUGGACAUGAAACUCGGCUACUGUGCUCAGGGUGACCGCACAAAGAAGGUGGGAGUAGUUGAUAGUGAAUAUAUUGUUCAUCAGAGUAUACAAACUCUCGGUGGGGCAUCUGCAAAAAAGGGUUCAAGUCGCCAAAAAUAUGUGAAGAGACAUGGCGUUGAUGUGCGAUUAGAGAUUCGGAGGCAGUCAACUACAGAACUUCAAAUAUUCAAAGAGAGGUGGGAACGAGCUAUAAAAGAGGACAAGAAUUGGGUAGAUCCAUUUUCAAGACGCCGUAGACGUAGCCUCAGUCGAAGGCAUAAGUUGAAAGUUUAA